GUCAAAGACCACGCACGGCAAGAUGUGCCUCAACUCUCCCGUCUGAUGUCAUUUGCGAUGCGGCGAACGUCCAUCCUUCUGCCUAACUAUAAUAUCUAACCCUCGCCCUUGACUACUGCAUUUUCCUUGUCGAUUUCCCCUCCUAUCACCAUUGGCCUUCCAUACCGUAUAAGAGAAUACAUCAUGGCAGGCACAAGACGUACCGGCCUCACCGUGGCCUUCAUCUAUGACCCAAAAGACCACUACCUGUCGAUGGGGCUAUCUGACAACGAAUGUGCCGACCUAGCAGACGAAGUGACCAUCAACGGGGUAGCAUCAGCGCUGGAGAGUCUCGGACACCGCGUAGUCCAUAUACCCGGUAUCAAACCCCUCGUGAAACAUCUGGCUGCAGAGCAGCACAAGCAAUGGGAUCUUGUGUUCAACUACAGCGAAGGAGUAGUUGGCUCCGCCCGUGAGUCGCAGGUCCCAGCCUUACUAGAAGCCUAUCAGAUCCCCUUUACCUUUUCAGACGCGGCGACGCUGGCAAUGGGGAUCGAUAAGGGAAAGACCAAGAUGAUAUUAGAACACUACCGAAUCCCAACGAGCUCGUUCGUCAUCGUGCCCAAAGCAGGCGAAGCGGUAGACUACGCCGCUCUAGAAGGGCAAUUGCCUUACCCCCUCUUCGCCAAACCAAUCGCCGCAUCCACGUCAAACGGGAUCUCACCAUCGAACAAAAUCCUCCGAAAAGAGGACCUCCACACCGUCAUCGAAGACCUCCGCACCCAAUUCCCUGACCAAGAAAUCCUCCUUGAGAAAUUCCUCGACGGCCGCGAAUUCACCGUCGCCAUCCUGGGCACAGGCGAGCGGGCCCGAGUCCUAGGCGCCGCAGAGGUAACAUGGUAUAACCCAGAGGGAAGGAAAAGCGACGAUGUCUCCGUCGACUUUGCGACGAGCUCCUCCAAGGGAGGCAAGGGUAUUGGACACGACAUGGGCCAUGUUCACGUGGACCUCGCCGACCCCCUGGUGAAGACCGUAUCGGAGCUUGGCUUCUCCGCGUACCAGGCACUGGGAUGCAGGGAUGGCGGCCGGGUUGAUAUUCGUUUGAGCUCGGAGAAGGAGGGCGCCGUCCCUUAUGUGAUCGAGGUGAAUCCGAUCUUCGGGUUACGUCCGGACCACUCCUUGUUCACUUGGAUUGCGAGGAACAACGGGAUGGAGUAUCAGGAUAUUAUCGCGGAGAUUGUCGACAACGCAUUGCUGAGACAAAAACCGGUCACGAAUGGUGUAAAUUGAGUGCAUAUCGCAUAGACAUUGGCGCGUCAUAACCGUGGUGUCAAGAAACAUUACCUAGGGAAGUGUGGCAGAUAUUCUCGCGGCGUUGACGGCUUUCAGAUGUGUCAGUCCGAACCAUAUAAAAAUCGCGGGAGUUCUCCCACGUAGCCGCUUGUAGCUUGUAGACUUCGAUUUUAGCAGCAUAGCCUAUCAUGACAGUUCUCUAGAGCAAACCUGGUUGGUAAGACUCUUUUGUUGAAUGGAACCAGUGU